AUGGCUUUAGAUUAUUCCGCUACGUAUAAAUUGCUGGUACUUGGCGAUUCAAAUGUAGGAAAAACAUGCAUAGUUCACAGGUACUGUGACGAAAGAUACUACGACAUAUACAUAUCGACAAUAGGCAUAGACUUCAAACAAAAGAUAAUCAACUUGGAUGGAGUGCCAAUCAAGCUUCAAAUUUGGGAUACGGCUGGCCAAGAGCGGUUUCGAACGCUGACAACUGCGUACUAUCGGGGAGCUAUGGGCAUUAUUUUAAUGUAUGACAUUACUAAUCUCGAGUCGUUCAAUCAUUUGUCUUAUUGGCUCAGGAAUAUUCAAGAGUACGCAUCUCCCGACGUGAUCAAGGUUUUAGUGGGCAACAAAUGUGACGUGCAUGAUAACCACCGAGCAGUUCCAAAAGAAAGAGGCCAAAAGAUAGCUGACGACUUUGACAUGCCAUUCUUCGAGGUGUCCUGUAAGAACAACAUUAACAUAGAGGAGGCUUUUGUUACGUUAUCCAGAAGAAUUAGAGAAUAUAGAGAGACUAAGGCGGAUGCUUUUGAACUGAACGACAGAGACAACGUCAUAAAACCAUCGGAUUCUGAGACAGACGUAUCUAAAUGCAGCUGUUAGCCUGAUUGUUCUAAUCUUAAGGUAGUUUGAUGCAAUUUGUCUUAAUUAAGAACACUACGUUUUAGACACAGAUUCUUAGAUAGGUACUCUGUCUUAAUAUAUCGAAAAACUUGUUGAUAUACAGGUACGUUAUUCAAGGUAUUACAAAAAGUCUAUGGGCUGAAGAACCAUAAAGUUUUCUAAAUAUAUAAAAAACAGACUCGUAAUAAAUAUUUCAUCGUUGCUUUAAAAAUGUAUGUAUGGAAAAUAUCAAAGGUUUUAAAUCUUGUUAUAAGUUAUUUACU